CCUUGAAGGCCCUUGGGAGCGGACUGCUCCUGUAAUACGCUUAGUCAUUCUCCCACACAAAUAUUAUUCAUUUCUUCAUGCCUUACGAAUCCACCUGAGUAUUAAUUAAGAUUCACCCAUAACCAGUGAUCCCCUCACUAGUGUGCCUAGGGGAGUUGACUGCUGCCAGCGACGACUACGUGUGCAUGAUUUUCGGAAUAGGUUUUAGCUCGGCUCACCUUUCAAGUUGAUCUUACCAAGCAGUGUCCAAACCCAGCAGCCUAAGGGACUCAUUAAUGUCAUGCACGAUACCUCCACAUGGUGGUGGAGGUGGACAAAAUGACAUUUCUGCUAUAUAAAUGACCCUUCAUUGCUUGCUACACUCCUCCAUUCAACCUGCCCCUCCGAAUCGCAUUCGCUAGGCUCUUGUCUACUCGCUUGAUCAUGUCGACGCCUACUUUGACCCUUUAUACUGCUCCGAGCCCUAAUGGCCACAAAGUCUCCAUAACUCUUGAGGCCCUCAAAGAAUUGUAUCCCGAUGGAGGACUAAGCUACGAUUUUAAAAAACUGGACUUCAGCAAACUGGAACAGAAAGAACCAUGGUUCCUUCAAAUAAACCCGAAUGGUCGAAUUCCGGCAGUGACCCACCACCGCCCAGACGGAACGCAGUUUAACGUUUUCGAAUCAGCCGCCAUACUUCUUUAUCUCGUUCAGCGAUGGGAUCCAGAGAGAAAGAUCAGUUUUGAGGUGGGAUCAGAUGAGGAAUCCGAAGCUCUUCAGUGGAUAUUCUUUUCUCAUGGUGGUGUUGGUCCGAUGUCAGGACAAGCGAAUCACUUCUACCGCUACGCACCUGAAAAAAUCCCCUAUGGCAUAAACCGUUACAUGACCGAAACAAAACGUCUUUAUAGCGUCCUCGAGGCCAGGUUGACCCAAGGUGAAGGUCGAGACUAUCUAGUUGGAUCUGGGAAGGGGAAGUAUUCUAUUGCUGAUAUCAACGUUUGGCCUUGGAUCAACGGUUGGGCAUGGACGGGCCUCGACAGCCUCGAUGAUUUCCCUAACCUUGCCAAAUGGCUCGAUAGAAUUGCUAAAAGUCCAGGUGUUCAGGCGGGUCUUAACGUGCCUGAGAAAGGUCCUGCUGCGAGUCAAUUGACGAAGGAACAACAGGAGGAAGCAGCUAGGCAGGGUUCACAGUGGAUCUUGAGGGGAAAUGGUGUUAUUCUGACCAAGUGAGUAGACCCCGGGGAGUGAUGGCUUCUGUAAUUGUACUGCUGGUGCACGGGUGGUGAGGCCGUAUAUUGGCAUGAGGACGGGAAGAACGACAUAAUCACAACUUUGUAGUUGUAUGAUUCAAUGUAUAAGAACCUUUCACUCGAUAG